UGAUAAGUGACUUAAAGGCCAGCUAGUUUACAUCUUUGUGACUCAAUUCACAACUUUAGAUCACUCACAUGUCUAGUUACUAUUGUUCUAGUUUACAGAAGCAUAACAUCGGACAGAGCUGUCAGAGGUAACUAAGAAUUAGAAUUAUGUAUAAUAUUAAAUAUUCACUCGUGUAGAUAAUUCUGAAAGCUUAUAUUAUCGAAUUUUUCCAUGUUUUACGGAGAAACGUCACAGCUACAACCCUCCCCACCCCCAAACGAACAUAUGACGUUUCUCGUGGACAAAAUCGACUUGUGAGGCUUCCCUAUAAAUAGACAAAUUUGGCUAACGUUUGUUUAUACCCAAUUCACAACUUUAGAUCACUCACAUGCCCAUGCAGUUUACUAUUGUUCUAGUUUACAGAAGCAUAGAAUAGAACAAAGGUAUAGUUACCUUUAUUCUCAUACAUCAUUAGAUAUUCCUAGCAUUUCGGCCAAUGACAUGGUUUAAUUUACAUCACGUGUAUCUAUCUGGAUACCCCGUCUAGACCAGGACUUUAAUUGACCAUUUGCGUAAUAGACUAAAUUUUGAACUAAACAAGUCUGGACAAAAAUUUCAUCACAGCUUGAAGGAGCAUCACAAAAUUAGUAAUAUUCCAAAGUUUCGUUGCAAAAUGUUGUAAAAUGCGGAAAAUAUAGCCUUGCGAAAUUUGAAAUUUUCAGUCAUUUUAGAUUACAAACGGGAAAUUGACAGCCCCAAACCCUUCGAGGCUGUCAAUUUCCGGUUUGUAAUCUAAAAUGACUGAAAAUUGCAAAUUUCGCAAGGCUAUAUUUUCCGCAUUUUACAACAUUUCGCAACGAAACUUUGGAAUAUUACUAAUUUUGUGAUGCUCUUUCAAGCUGUAAUGAAAUUUUUGUAGAGAUCAAAAUUUAGUCUAUUACGCAAAUGGUCAAUUACUUCAAGUGGGAAGGGCUUUGAACAAUAGGGAAAUUGAGGCGUAAACAAAAGAUUAUGCAAAUAUAUUUAAUUGCUAUGUUUAGAAUUAUUUCUAAAUACAGUAAGUUGUAUUUUAGAAAUUUAUUCUAACUACACUUUAUAGCUAACACUUUUCCUAAACGUUUGAAAACUACAUAAAUAUAGGAAAACCAACUUUUUUACCAACUAUCAUAAUAAACAGCGCUUUAAACACUAUAAUACAGCAACUUACCAGUAAUGUUUACCGUCUAUAAAAUAUAUAUUCACUUCGGCUCUUUCAUUUUCCACCACAUAGCGCCUUAUCGCACACACAAUCUGAUAUAUCGCUUUUCGGAUCCCCAACCUUGUCAGCCAAGCGACAAUACUGUGCACAAUGCUGUGCUCAACACUUUCUGGUUCUCGAAACCGCUUUUUCUUAUAUUAUAAGAAGAUACCAUGCUCUUUUGCCAACAAAAUUCAUCUAUUCACGACGAAAGCGAACUGAAUGCUUCGUUGCGCUUCAUGCAAACUUUCAAGCGAAUGUAAUCGUUAAUGCCCACGCUCACUUUUUUGAAUAUCUAAUAAUUUCAUGCCUCAUUGCUAUGAAAGUCUAAUGAUGUGUGAGAAGCAAUUUCAAAUCCUCGUUAGUGUUUUAAACUUGGCUUCCAAAUCCCCAGUGCCAUGAACAAUGGCUCGGCUGCGCCUCGCCAUUGUUCAUGGCACUUGUAUUUAGAAACCACGUCUAAAACACGAACUCGGAUUUGAAAUAUUACUUCUAUGCUUCUGUAAACUAGGAUGGCAUUGGUUUAACGUUUAUCAAUCGUGCAUGCCGACAAAGAACCGGAACCCCUAAAUUUAGGGGUUCCAGUUGUCAAUUUCCCCAGAGCCAAUGCCAACCUAGCCCGCGCACAGGCAUUGCUCUGGGUACGAGAUUGCUACACACGUAGAACCACAGCCUCGUCCCCAGGCUCCUGGCUUCGUGGCGCGACGCAAGGCAGUGGACCAAUUUUCCAUUUCUCACGAAACGGCGAAGCCUGGGGACGAGGCUGCGUAGAACCACACAACUUGUAACGAACAUGCAGCAGCCCAACUGAGAUUUUUACCUGUGUACACAUACCAUCACGAGUUGUGUGCGGAAGUCGCGUCCGUUUUGUUAUGACUCAAGCUCGUUGGACUUUAUACUUGGACAGUUCUUAUAUUAUCAGAUCUAAUAGACACUUCCCGAAUUUGCUUGAGUGCACACGAAACAAUAGCUUGGAAUCGAGGCGGACAAUGUAAUCCAUUGGAAAUAAGUAUAGUUUUCCAAUGGAUUACAUUGUCCGCCUCGAUUCCAAGCUAUUGUUUCGUGUGCACUCAAGCAAAUUCGGGAAGUGUCUAUUAGCCAUCGUUCUCGAAUUAUACAAAUCAGCCUCUCAAUGUGAUGAAUUUUAAUCUAAUAUGUUUUGAAUACCAACUGUUAAUGUAAAAUUGGUAUGUGUACCAACUGUGUGUUUGGAUAAUUUUGUAAAAAAUCCUGUCAUAGUAUUUUUUUAUGUAAAAAUUAUGGACCUAUGGUCAAAUAAACGUUUCUUUCCUUUCUCUUGUACAGUACACAUGCAAACGUAUUUAUCGUCGGUGAUUACAUAAAGCUGUUGGAACCACGAAUCUGUUCUUAAUCGAAUUCAAAUUAUGGUUGUAAGUAUCUAGUAAAAAUCUCCUGUCUCAAAUGUGUGGGAAGUGUUUACAAUAGUCACAAGUGCAUGGUUUGCAGUUGUUUGUGUCUGAACUACCAGAAAAAUGUUUUUAAAAACUCUUCAACGUUUAAGCCAAUUGCCCUUGGCCUUACUAACCUCUUAACAAAAAGGUCUUCGCUCGAAGCGCUAUCAAAGUGUUUUUUUUUAUCUCUAGUAUUUCAUAGCUUUAACGGGCUCAUUAUAUGGUCCCGCUUACCCGGGAUUCAAUGAAGUGUGACGUAUUUUGAGCAAUUGAAAUAAGUCGCACUUCAUGAUCUAACUGAAAAUUGCUUGUUACAAAUUGUAUGAAAUUCCAUGUUUUAGACAAAAAACAAAUGUUGUUGAAUGUUAUUAAUCGUCUUUUUCCACUAUAUAACUUCUUGCGCGUUUCUAAUUUCGUUUAAACAAUAUUUAAAGUUAUCUAACUUUUGUUUAGAGCUGAAACACGUAUUUCAAUUGCUCAAAAUACAUCACACUUCAUUGAAUCCCGGGUAAGCGGGACCAUAUGAACAGCCCCUUACAUAUAAUCUAUUCUUGCAUUAUUCAUUGGGAAAGCUCAGACAACAGAUACGGCAAGCACACUGCAGCCCUUAACGGCUUAAGGCCGUUUUCCACUCGGGCGGAAUUUUCCGCGCGGAGCGGAAUUUUUCUUUAUCUUGUGAUUUCUCGGGUGGAACUAAUUAGAAAAGACAAAGAGAAAUUCCGCUCCGCGCGGAAAAUUCCACCUUAGUGGAAAUCGGCCUUUACAGUUGAGUUAAACCUGCUUACUGGCUGAGUGGGCACAAGGGCUUCGCGUGAUUUAAAACACAUGUACGUAGAGUUGUUUUCGGCGGUUCUCCUGUUUUCUUGCCUCACCGAACACUAAUUCUUCUGACCUUCUGCAUGCACGCGUGAACUCUCCGUGAUUUGGGUCGUGGCAGCGUCAUAGUAACGCCAGUCAACUCGGUCGCGUUUUAUUCAGCUGCGUCCUUCGCCAUUCACUUCUUAGCGACAAGCCAAAAGAUUAUUUGCUGACACCCUGCAUGUACAAAAGUGUAAUGCAUGCGCGAGAGUCAAGGUUUUUAAGAUUGACGUAAGAUCAAUAAGAGAGAUGUUGAUUUCGUAGAUUUAUUUCGGAUUAUUAGGAAAGGGAGGGAGGAGGAGGGGGUGGGGGGGGGGGCUUUAACAGACGAAAUGAAAUUAUUAGUUGCGUUGCCUAAUUCGCUUGAAUGCAUUGAGUUGCCUUGCAAUUUGAAAAAUCAACAAAUCAAAAAUUAUUUGGCAAAUCUAGUCGCAUUGCAGAUCGCAAUACAAGUUUCACUCGUCUUACCAACCUCGUUCCCAGUGUAGAGGAGAGAGCCGGGGUUAUCGUCUGACAUUCAGCAACUUGCAAAAUUAUUUUUCACAAAGAACUUCCAUGAAAGAUUGCCUCGUGCGACAUAUACAUGGCUACUGACUUUAGGCUUUAUAUUAAUAUUUGAAUAAUGCGGAUGGUGGGCAAAAAGUAUAAAAUGCCGAUAUAUGAACCAUUCUCGAGAGAAAGUCAAAUAAACACGAAUACGUUUGUGGCGUUUUUGCCUUAUAUUUAUGGUAGGUAAAUCGUUUAGCCUAGUCCAUCUUUUGUAUUAGGCCUGGGAGAAUAGUCCGCAUUUCCCCCUCUUUUCCGCGGUAUAUUCCUUUUGCCCGUCGUCCGUAUUCUCGUGUUGGUAUCCUCACUGCAGUGUCAACCGAAUGUUUAUACGAGUUUAAAAUAACCUGUCAGCGAUAUUAUAUUUGUUUUCUGAAAAUUAAACUCCGCACCGUGUGAGCUGAUCAUUAUCUGUGUGUGUGGCCAUGGGAUAAACUGUAAAGUAAAUGGCCCGUUAAAACAAUAAAGCGUUUUAACCUUCAGUAGUAACUGUAUUUGCGGGCCUGUAGUGCGAACCCGGGGAGGAGACGGACCAGGCGCUGAGUCCUCUUGAUAGAAAAUAUGUUUUUAUUUUGAACGUGUCAUUGUACAUUUGUACAAGUUCGAAAAUUCAUUUUUAGUUUCUGCAAGGAUACAUAGCUUGUUUGUAUAACUCAUAACAUAAUUACAUGUACUUCGGGUGAUAAUCCGUUUUGCCAGUACUAGUCUUGCGCAAAACUACAUGAAAUACAUGCCAUGUAGGACAUCAAGAUCAUCUAUUUUUUAUUGGAUUACGAAAAUGAUUGUGCAAUAUGUCAUGUGAUCACGAGUGCUUGAAAAAGAUUUACAUAUAUAGUUAUCGUAAACCCGGAAACAUGAACUUCAAACGACUUUCACAUCAUGCAUGUUUGAACAGGUUAAUUAAGUAAUUUUUAAUUUCUUUCACAUGCGAGUUCAAACGAGCAGUUGAACGCUUAUUUAUGUAAUAUGCCAUCCUUUAUUAAUAAAACGCGAGUCCAUAAAGCCUUGGUAUUAUUCCAUAUAACUAUAACUCGAGCUGCCGUGAUUUUACCGGCUAGCAGAGAUCCUUUUCACGACUGUGGUUUAUGUCUGUACAAACUGAAAAAAACACAUUAAAAAUAAUUUGACGUUUCGAGCAGGGACAGUUCUAAUCAGUAAUCAUAUAAAAUCAUAUAGAAUGCUUUUCAGUCCGGUAUCUUUUUCGGGGUUAUAUGUUAUUAAUAUUGCCGUUAUUGUCUUCGCUCUUAACAAUAACUGAGUCCUAACUCUCGUCACUGAAAAAGCCGCUAAAAUGUAAAAUAUAUGGGGCACUGGAACAUUUUAGGGGGGUGGAUUAGAAAAAUACGAAAAAUGGACGUUUCAAAACAGAAUGAAAUGCCUUUAAUUAUUGGCCUUAUAGUUUACGCUUGUAUUUAUCAGAUGCUAAUGUCGCAUACUUCACUGUCCAGUAUUUCUUCGUUUUUGCCUUUUCACUUUUGUCUUUCCUUACCUAUAGUCAUAUACUAUUUCAGUUCACACAAGCAACUGCGCGCUUUCCGUUUACAUCGUCCGGCUGCAUGGUCACAGCAAAACUAAACGCAAGCUAACUGGUUAGUUCGUUUGAGUGUGACUCCUCAUCCGGUUUUCGGCUUCACCGAACCAAUAUCGCAUGAAGUCGCUGCCUCGCUGGAAGAACUUAUUCUGCGAAUUCGUUGUACUGCAUGUGACUGCAAUGUGAAUUACGAUUUUACUUUUCAUAACUCAGCACAACAAGGCAAAGUUCUGGCGUUAAAUUAAUAAAGCAUGCAUGGAUAUCGAAAAGUAUAUAGUGAUCAGUACUGUAAAUUUGUUCAAUUGCGUAUGACCUUUGUCGUCUAUAGUCGAUAUGCAGUUUUCUCAGCAUGACUGGAAUGCAGCCAAGACUGAACAGAUGUCACCUUAACCUCGAUCCUUUAUACCGUGGACCAACGAUGCUGUCCGACUUUUUAGAAAGCACGCUCGCCUUAUGGCUAUGGGCAGUCUUCGAGGGGAAGAAUAUGAUCUAGAGACUAGAUUGAGUAUGACUAUAGUAUGGACAUUGGACACUAUAUAUUAUGAAUAACCUCUCCUCUCUAAUGUCUCAGUAUAUUUUUCCAUUUUCCACUGGCAUUGCAUGGCAAGGCAAAUAAGAGUUAGCGCCGCAUUUUCCGUUACAGCACGCAAAAGCCGUUAGGUGUUGAUAUAUUGAGCCCAGGGGAGAUUAAACAUGUGUGAGGCCAAGGUCUGGACAGCUGGAUUGUGAUACAGACGGUAUUAAUUAAGACUUUGUAAAGCAAAUAUUUUGAGUAGCAUGCCCCUUCAAGUUACAAAACACGAACUUUUUUUGGAACUUCAUUACCAAGUAAUUUUACGUAGGACGGUGUCAAAAUGUCAGUUGAUAGACAAAAUCAUAGAGCAUGUCCACAUCAGUGACUUUACAGCGCAUUUUCUGACAGAUUUCUGUUGCCGUUCCGUAUAUUUACGCUGAAAGUUGUUGCCGACCCUCUGUCAUUUGAUAAGGUCAAUAACUGUACAAGAAUGAACACAUUCCGUUUGCUACAUGUACUGAAGUAUUUUUAAUUUUAUAAUCUCCCUGGAUAGUUUAAGAUUAGCACAGAAGACAAAAGAGUAAAAUUAAUGGUUCUUGAAUAAAUACAUGCAGAACGUUUUUCGUUUACUUUGGAAUCAAAUUUGAAAGCAUGUGAUAGACAAGUUUUAUGCCGCCAUGCCUUCAUAGCAUGCUCACAGGAAAUUAGAUUAAAGUGAAUACGAAAGUUGUCAUGCAAUGAAAUAAUAUCACAGUAAAAGGAAGUGAAAAUAAGAACAGUUUCAUUCCGUCUUUGAAGGGAAAUAAGUCCAGUUGAAGCCGUGAUUUGAAAUAGAACAGAUCUACUUAAAACGCUUGAAGGCCAUGACCUUAACGUUAUUUGGAAUAGCGCUUGAUGCACUGCAUUAGGAAAUAUCAAAUUUCACAUUCUAAAGGAACAAGUGGAAACUUGCAGUCGUGUUUCGACUUGAAGGUUUUCAACACACAGUUAAGCGUUGUACGGUUGAAGGUAAGUAUGAAAUUACGCUUAGAGUUUUCAGAAUGAGAGGAAAUGCAGCAUAGUGCAUGGAAAAUAUAAAUAAUUGUAUUAAAAUAUAACAGCAUGUAAAUACUAAAUUAAUUAACUUUGUUUACCCUUAUUUCACAACAGCACAAGUGGUUCCUUGCCGUAUCAUUAAUACCGUCAUAACCGCACGCUACGUGGAGUGCCAUACAACACCAGGAAGAAGUGUUCAUACAUAACGGAGAAACGUCAGCUGCCUGUCUCACAAGAGUGUUAAACCUCAAGUCGUUGUAAACUAUAUCAUCUAAGAUACUUUAUUCCCUCUCAAGAAUGCCGAAAUCAUUUCUCGUCAAGCAAAGGAAAAUAUGUAAACAGUUGAAAGAGGACGACUUGAAGAGAUACUCUGACGAAGGUACAAAUCAAAUGUUAAUAAAAAAUUUCUUGUUUUAGCUAUUCCGUUUAGUUUUGUUGCUCUUGUUCAUUGGAGUAGUUUUAAUGUCUAAUACCACCGUUAUCAGUUGAAUAUUGGAAUCACUUAUCCCGGGCAUAUAUCAUAACGGUCUAUAUUAUAGCAUUUGCAUAUGUUAAUUUCGGUUAGAAUGCUGUAGUUCGACAAGCCUGGGAGUCAUGCCAUGGGAUUUUCGACGGUUAAAUAAAAUAAAAAGAGAUGGUUUCAAUAGUAAAAUAUAUUGCAUGACAAUUUGUAUUAAAAAUAUUCUUUCACGCCAACGGUGUUAACCUCCCUUAAUAUGAGUUAUGAUCUAAAAGAUCACAGUGUCACGCGAAAGCAUUGUAAGGCCACUCGUUAAUCACGGGAUGAUCUAAAGUUACGCCUGAAAAAGCUGAGUUUGUUAUGUGUUAUGAAAUCCGUUCAAAAAGUAAGAAAAUGGCCAUAUUCUUACAGCUUUCUAUGUAUAAGUUGGUUUGUUUACUUAAAAGUGCUAAGCUUAGUAUAGCCAUAGGAAUAUGUCACGACACGUAUUUUUGCUAUUUAAAUUAUUCAUUUUAUAAAAAAGAAACAUGACCGACGUUCUCGUGUGAGAUGCUAUAAAGAUCAUUGUACAAUUGUAGUAUUGUACAUGUAUUUAAGAUGAUAACGAUGUUAAACUCAACGUUCAGUUGGGGGUGGUGAGCUAGCACAAUGUCAGUGAUAGUUCUGCGAUCCUUUAAUUGAUACAUAUUCAAAUUUUCAAUUGUGUUGCAAAUUAAACUCAGUAGACAGUACGCAUCAACGUCCGUGACCAUGUCAGCAGAGUGUUGAUCAAAUAUAUAAAAGCAUUCGAUCUCACUUUAAAGGUUUUACAAACUGAUUAUUAUCUGUCUACUUAUUAAUAACGAUUUAUGACAAAGAAUAAUGAAAUGUAACGAAAGUGUUUUAUUGCAAGUUUCUUUUCUGAUAUAUACUUGCAGUUUCGUGUUUCCGCGUGAUUCUGCGAGUCAUGUGGUAUAACAACAGUUGCUUUCAGAUUACUUAUAGCGGUGUCAAACUAGAGUAUAUUGCUGAUACUGUAUAAAUAUUGUCGUCAAUACCUUGACACCGGUCAUGUACUUUGAACUAUAUAAGUGAAUAACUAAGAUCUCGUGAUAAACGUACUUCUCCAAAGACUCUGGCCUUAUUGCAUGGCAAGGUCAAAACCGUAAUAACGGUAAUGCUAAAAUAACCAGUUAGUCACCUCUAACAAUAUUCAACAUUUUGUCUGCCGUAUGGCAAAGAUUAAAUUACAAAAGAGGCCGUCUUGACUGGACAGGAAACAUGACUAGGCAAGCACCUUUGCGGGAAUUAUUGAUUUCCCUUGUGAAAAUCACUUUCUAACGGCUUAUAAGUUGAAAAACUGCCAAGGUUUUAAAGCCUGCUGUGUUGUGAAUCUCUUGAUUUCUGUUAUUUUUUCUCGAAUAAUUUUGAAGUGUUGGACUUUGAGGUAAAAAUUUACAAUUGCGAAACAGAACAGUGGGGGUCAGAUUGUUAAAAUAACCAAGUCAUGGUGUUUUUACUGUUCCGCUAAAUAUUUAACGGUUAUUCUAACAUUUCAAACCUUUGUCAACUCAGAUAGAAAAUAUUUUUAGUUUGGCUAUAAUUGUUGAUAUUUUUCUUGAAUAUCAUGCAACAUAUUGUUUAUUUUUCACACUUUCUCUGUCUUAACACAUACUGUUUUUGCCCGGACACAUCGCUCGAGUAUUCAAGUUCAGGUGUUAGCUUUCAACUUGAAGUGAAAACAAACAAUACGUGUUUCAGUUUUAAUAACACAGCCACUUGAGCUUACUGAAAAUAUUAGCAGUCCAAGCUGUAUUGUAUAAAUAAAACUUCUUAUUGUUUUGGAAUGAAAAUUUUCUCGCAUCUAAAUGUAGGUGUAUUGAUUAUAGAGGAAAACAAUCAAUUGUUGCACGGAAAUUGGAGUUAUUGCACUUGACAAGGAUCAAAUUAAACAUUUCAGGUGUCCUCAAAACUAAAUACCAUUAUGUUGAAAUAUCAAAUAAGUAUUGUUUUUAUUGUAAUCAUAUGUUAGAACCUGAAAUAUUUUUUAAUAUUGGGCCAACUUCAGCUAGAUGCUUCCGAUCAUUUUCAAUCUUAUAUAUUUAAUAUAAUCAUGGACAUGCCAUGGUUCACAUGACUCAUGAGUCAUGUCAUGACUUCUAGUAUUAUAGUAGCUCAUGUGAGUCAUGCCAUAUUAACCCAAACUUCCAAAGGGCCAAAGACAAGUUUUUCGACGUUUUAUCCCCGGCAGAUCAAUUUUACAACAAAAGAAAUAUAGAUUAUAUUUAUAGACUAUUAAGACCUAAGCCUUACUGUAAGGUCUAAGGAUAUAGAUUGUCAGUAAUCAGUAAAACUGCUUAUAAAUUUGAUUUCAUAUACGAUAUGCACAGUUAUAGAUAAAUAAACUGCACAUAGUAGCCUGAAAUAAACUAAAACUGUAGAUAAACAAAUGGCAGAAUAGACACAGUGUCAAAUUUUAUUAUCUAGCUGCAGCAAGGAAAAUCGGAAAGUAUAACUAUAUGUCUAUGAAUAAAUCUUGUAAUUUUAAUCAUUCCUCGAAUUAUUCUAUUUUAUAGUUAUAAACGUUUGUCUUCUUAUACGACUUAGAGAGCUGCAGUUGAUCAUAGAAAUGAAAAAUACGGUAGUUGCACGUAUGACUUGUAUCCCUAUCCAUCCGCGCAGCAAUUUCUUAUUUAUAUUGCCACACUAGUCACUACCUACACUGACGGAUUACUUACGGCUUAGUCUUACUUUCUCCAAACUCUCGCGUCUGUUUUAUAUUACAGUUCUCAGUAGUUCUUUUUAGAUAUCUUUUGUCGUUUUGAUCCUUGGCGCGCUCUGUAAAUGAUUCAAUCAUGUUCACUUUGAGUGAUAAUUUUGGUAUUUUACAUUUUUCCUAUAAUCUAUAUCUCAGGCGGUCUGACUUGCAUGAGCAUAAAGUGAUAGUUAAUACUGGCGUGUAUACGAAUGAGGCAAAGUAUGGACAGAAGCAUAUAACAAGACUGAAUGACGCAAAUUUAAAACAGGCCUUCAUGCUUCAUCUGUACAGUACAAACGUUUUUAAACCGAUUUGCAUAAGUAAAUCAUACCGACUAAGAUAAAAGUCUAGAAACGAAAUUCUGGGAUUUAAUUAAUGGACGAAAAAUGGCGAUAUUUUAGAUUAUGUUAUCUCGUAAAAACUUGUAGUUUUGCAAAACAAUUGAACACGGGAUUGAAAAAUGAAUGACCACAUUGUGAACCUUUCCAGAUGCCGUCUCUGAUGAUAUCCGCCUAUACCGCAUAGUUCGCAUUUCGCCUUGGUGAGAACAGUUUUAAUUUUAGUUGUAAUAUAUACGUUAUGAUAACUUGCCAAUCACCCAGACAUUUUGACCAAAACUCCAGCUUUUUUAUCUGAGUAUAUAUAUAUAUAUAUAUAUAUAUAUAUAUAUAUAUAUAUAUAUAUAUAUAUAUAUAUAUAUAUAUAUAUAUAUAUAUAUAUAUAUAUAUAUAUAUAUAUAUAUAUAUAUAAUCUAUAUAAUCUUCUUUAUAUUUUUAGUUAGUAACCAUUCAGCAUAGAAUAAUUUUAGUGUAAUUAUGUUUUGUGAUGCGCAUUUGAUCAUAUACUAUAACAUGUUAAUUUGCGCAAUAUAAAUAUUAAAUAUUAUUAUAUAUAUAUAUAUAUAUAUAUAUAUAUAUAUAUAUAUAUAUAUAUAUAUAUAUAUAUAUAUAUAUAUAUAUAUAUAUAUAUAUAUAUAUAUAUAUAUAUAUAUAUAUAUAUAUAUAUAUAUAUAUAUAGGGCUCAUUUAAUAAAGGGGAGGCCCAAAUAUUUUUUUGAAAACUAUGGAAAGUCGGGGAAUGGAAUGCUAGGGAAAAUCAAUAGAAUUCGGGCAAAUAUAUCACAAAUUAUGUUAAAUUUUGGUCAUUUCAUUUCAAUAUUUGACAAAAAUUCGGGCAAACUUUCAAGUGGCCCCCCGGAAGGUAUCAGACCCGUACGCUUAUGCUCAUUAAAUACAUGUCUGUUCACAUUUGUGAGAUCAACAUUGUGAUUCAAAACACAAUUAGUGUUGAAGUAAAUUACCAUGAUAUUAUGUUUCUAGUCAUGAUAACAUAGGUUUUGUCCGGGUUAUCAGGAGAUUGGUAGAGGUCAUUCGUUAGUUGCUAAGUUAAACUAAACUAAAGACCUGCUUACAACUUGAGUUGUAGCUACUGUGUAAAACGUAGGCGAGUUGUGUGCUUCAUUCACACAGUACGACUCAAGUUGUGAGCAGGUUGCAUGUGACAGUUUUAGGCAAAGGUUGACAAUGGUCUAUAUAAGAAAUAUAUUUUUACAUCUGGGGACAAUGGCGUAAGGACUGAAAGACACACUCCCGCCCUAAGUUUUCCUUUAAACGCUCUUUUUUCUAGAUGAAACAGUGGAAAUCAGUAUUCUUUUCUAAUGGAAGAUGCAUGCUCUUAUGACGCAAUGCCCUCGUUCCUACGCCCCUGCCCAUGGCUUCAGUCAUCAGGGCGUUUUCGAUUUUAGCUCAGCACAAUGCCCCCAAUAAAUCUCAAAACAUUCAUGUGAAAAAGUCAACGCAAAGCCGAGAGUGUCGUUGGUUUUUUUCCGGGUAGACAGAGAAUUUUGACAGGGUGGAUUCAGUGUGGUUUCUUAAUUCGCACAGGAAACAUUGACAGGGUUGGUAAGGAUAUAUAAAAUUAGAUUCACGAUCUCAUCAGCGUAAGCUACAGUUAGUCAUCAAUCGAGAUUGAAUAUAAACAGUAUUUAAAAAAGAUCCAUGUGUAUUGUAAUACAGAUCUAUAUGUAUUGUAAUACAGACCAUGUGUAUUGUAAUACAGACCAUGUGUAUUGUAAUACAGAUCUAUAUGUAGUGUAAUACACCACUUCCAGAAAGUACGUCACCUUAAUUGGCGGCUUGGCUCGUUUUCGUGUGCUUAGCUAAAGCCAAGUGUCGCAAUCACGAGAACGUGGCUCUAUAGCCAAGAUAACAUACUUUCCCGAAGCGUGUAUUAAUGUGAACGUCACACAACAUGAGCCAUGUGAUGUGUUAUUAACAUAUGAAUAGUAUACUUAUUAUUUGCAGGGGCGGCGCUAACCCUUUUCGAGUGGGGGGGUGUGAGUGAUCUUUUGCCGACUGUUGUUUGGUAAUUUUGCCGAGUCAUUAGCCUAUAGUGAGGGUCCUGAAGGGGGGGGUCCCAAUCCCAUUUUCCACCUGAAAUUUUGGCAAAAUCCCAGUCCCAGUUGGAUUUUUAUUAGAAAUCCCAGUCCGAGUUAUUGAAAUCCCAGUCAAUAAAAACCCCUUUAUUUAUCGGUAGAAUAAACAGUUUUAAGACCUUUUAAGCCACCGUGUAUGCAAGUGGCGGACAUUUUAUGAAAUAUUUGGGGGGGGGGAAGGCACGGAAAAUUUUAAAAUUUGAAUCUCGGAAAUGGCAUUUGCAUCAUUCUGAGACACGCAUAAUCAGAAAAUCCAAAAUUCCUGUCGGCAUCCAUUUUGCAGCCCUCGAAAAGUCAAAAUCUCGCCAUUUCUUAAAAUCUGUUCCACGUCUUGGAGCACUAUUAAUCACGCAUUUACGAAUCAUUGAAAUCGGAAUAUAACUGGAACGUUACCUCCACAGCCGGAAAAUUCGAAAGUUGGAGCCAAAUUUUAACUCCAGACGCGCGAAAUUUGAUCUUCAAACAUCUAACGUAUAUACACAAUACCCGUCAGUUUUUAAACCUUACACCGUAGUGUGUUCAGUUAAUCGAACUACGAAUCGAAUUCUAUAAUCGCUGACAUUUUAAAACCUGUCAGCAUAAAAAAUUCUUACUUUGGUUGAAUUAAGGUGGGCAAAAAUUUGCAUUUAGCCCGGCAUUGCCGAAUGCCGACCUCGUUUUCGAGGACUGUUUUUGCCACGUCUUGCUGACGUAAUAAGUGAUACCGACAAAGGAAAAAGGUCGCUUCGUGCGAGAAAAUUUGCUAGUGGAAAAUCGACUUUAUUGCCUCUUUUAUGGAACAGUAUAAUAAGCAACAACAACAACAACAAAAACAACAACAACAACAACAACAACAACAACAACAACAACAACAACAACAACAACAACAACAACAACAACAACCAAACAAAUUUAAUUACCUAAUUAUGAUUUCAAUAAUAUUAUGUUUUUGGACUAGCUGCCAGAAGUGAAGAUACUGUAUUCGAAAAAAUUUGCAUUGCUGCAUGUGUGGUUUCUUUGAAGCAUGCUAUUCGUGAUAUUCGGUUUGAAUUCAAUUAUUCAGGAGGUCAAUUUUGGUUUCUUCAGUGGUUAUCUUUAGCCAAUCCAGUUUUGCCGACUGAGAUAACAAUUUGCCGAUUAGCUGACGAGUGGGGGGGGGUUCCACCCCCCGCCCCCCACACCCCCCUGUAGCGCCGCCCCAAUUUAUUUGUGUAGGAAUGCUAAGUUAAGGUAUCCAGAUAAACUCGGAACUAAUCAUAUUCGUAAAGCUCAUCGUAUUUGUAGAUUGGAUAUCCUGCGUUGUGUGUAUAGAAAUAAUUCUGAGUGUCCCACUCCGGCAUCCAGUGGUGUUUAGUAACGAAUGUUACUGUAAUUGAGUACUAUUUUUGAGAAGUCAGCAUGUAACAAAGUAAACUUUUUCUGGAGUACUUUUACUUGGAACAAAGUCGUUUUAUUAAGAAGUGACGUUUUACUUCGUUAUUUUCAUUUUGUGGCGAAGUAUUUCGUUCCUUUUUUUAUUUAUUCCUGAUUUAUUUUAAUUUUGGUAUGGGAUCUUUCGUUUGUGGCUUACGUAUAAGCAUUAUUUAUUUAAUGGAUUUCUUAUAUCUUCAACAGGGUCUGGAAAGUAGACCAUGCCGUGAAAUGUUGUAUAUUAGGCACGCUACAGACAAUAGUACUUUUACUUCAAGUGAUUUUUUAAGGAUACUUUGUACUUUUUGCUUAAGUACGUUUUGCCUCCAGUACUUUUUACUCUUACUCAAUUAAGUCGUUUUAUUGUUAAUUACUUUUACUCGAGUACAAAUUCAAAGUAAUUUACGCACCACUUCCGGCAUCCAAAUUUCAUUUUUUGGGAUGCUAGGUGACAGCACUGGUACAUCAAACCAAAGAUGUUAGGAUAUCCCGCUAGUUGUCAGCAACUAUCUUGACCGCUUCUUUUGAUAUAUACUACAAGUUAACUAACAUGUGAAUCUUCGUUAUAUAGAUUCCACUGAGGAAAAAAGUGAACCUGAAGUAGAAGCACAGAGAGAGGGGAGGAAAGUGAAUCAUGGAAGUCCUAAGAAUUUGACCAAAGUGAAAGAAAUAAAAGAUGUCGACAAUGAAAAAGUUACACAAUCAUCUAUUUCAAACCAUGUCCGUCAUUUAUUUCAAGCCGGAACUACGCCAAUCUAUGUCUUCUCAAAUCAUCAACCAAUCAGAGCGGAUCACGUCACAACACCAAUUCCUGUACAAUAUGUCCAUCCAAACUUCUGUUAUCCACAAUAUAUCCAUUAUGAUACCAUAUUACCCACACGCGUCCUACCCAAGGAACAGAUACCUCCCGCUGCUGACGCCAUUUCUGGACAGAACCGUAUGCGCAAUGGAAAAACCGAUUCCAGUACUCUACCGCUAAGCAUUACCACAAAUACUGUCCCGUUGACCAAUGGAAAUGCCGUGACAGCUCCACAGAUCUUACAACAACAUCUUAUAAUGGAAAAUGACGGGAAAGAGAAAAAAUAUGAAUGUCAUGUAUGUAAAAGCACUUUUGCUUUGCAAAGAUUGUUAAACAGGCAUAUGAAAACUCAUUCUUUCUAUAAACGUUAUCAAUGUCCAUAUUGUGAUAAAGGUUUCAACGAUACCUUUGAUCUAAAACGCCACGUUCGAACUCAUACUGGUAUCAAACCUUUUAAAUGUAAUCUCUGUGAUAAGGCAUUUACGCAACGUUGUUCGCUUGAAGCUCACAAAACACGAGUGCACGGUGUUGUUUAUGAAUAUGGUUUCCGAGAACGCAGAGCUAAACUUUUUGUUUGUGAAGAUUGUGGUGAGACGUUCCAAGAAAGUGGAGAUUACAUGAAACAUUUACAAGAAAAACAUCCAGAAUCUGCCGCCAAAACGAGGUUCAAGAGAAGUCUAGCAACAAAAAUGGCGAAAGCAAGAAGGGUAGAAAUGGAAGCAAGUUAGAAACCAUUUGAAGGACUACCGUGAAUACACUAUUUAGCUCCCUUCUCAAGUAAACCCCCCCCCCCUUGUUUUUUAAUGGAAAACGUAUAUUAAGUCCCCACGGGCGUAAACGAACCUUUAGAUUUAUAGAAAUAAACUCUUUGUGGAGCUUAAUAUACAUACAGGGAAAUUGAGGUAAUCAAAUUGAAUUAAUUAAAACAUGAUGAAAAAUAUUACUGGCGAAGUCUACGGAAACUUUAUUUGACAAUUAUGAAGCGGAAACGAUCUCAUUAAUAUACAUAUGCGGCAUGAAAUUAAUUCAAAUAUUUGAUUAUAAACAGUUCUCAGUGCCUUAGCAUUUGUUGAUUAUCUUGGCAUGUUUUUGCCAGAAGUCGAUGAACCGAAUUUCGGAAUGCCUUUUUGUUAUAAUUGGGAUAUGGCAUAAUCAGUUAUUUAAUUGAUACACAUAAACAAUUAUCACGUGAUUGAGCUGGGCGUAUUUGGAACACAACAGAGUACGUUACUAGACAAUUACCUAGAUUAUUGAAUGAAAUGUUAAUCUAUUUAUGCAGCACCAACAAUACAAAUAAUUUUACGUAAUGACGUUUGAUUGCUUUUCAAAAGCAAAGAUAAGCAAAAUGCCGACACUAAGCAUUUUUUUUAUUUUCAGUAAGAAAUUGUUGUAAGAAAUUAUUUCACUAUAAAAUUUUGAUCUACUAUUUUUGUAGCCACAGCUUAUUUUUAAAUAUGUAGAUAUCACGCUGAAUUAUUUGGUUGAAUUUAUUUAGACAUUAUAAAUAUUUAAAUUUAUGAAAUAAUUAAAAAGAGC